AUGAACGAAGACCAAUGCCUGUCAUUAUCGGUGCGAUCGCAUUUUGGUGAGGAUGAGGCGUGUUACAUUAUGGAUGCUAAGGUUCAAGGCAACAUCGGCAGAUAUCUCAAUCACUCCUGCUGUCCCAACGUCUUCGUGCAAAACGUUUUUGUGGACACCCACGACCCACGCUUCCCCUGGGUAGCUUUCUUCGCCCUGUCCAACAUACGAGCGGGUACAGAGCUAACGUGGAACUAUAAUUACGACGUAGGUUCGGUGCCCGGCAAGGUGCUAUAUUGCUUCUGCGGGGCGCCUAAUUGUAGAGGACGACUAUUGUAAAUUGGACAAGGUUAGAAUUUGAAAUAGUGUUGGAUUUUGACUUUUGACAUUUUGCGUUGUACUUUUUUAGACUUGUAUUGUUUACAAUAUCGUCGCCUUACUUCUCAAACUCGUAUCUUAAAGCACAAAGUUACUGAAAUGCGAAAAAUGGAUUGUAUAUACAAAUUUUGCAGGCUGGCACACACUGGCUUUGACCUAUUCUUAGGGUCGUAUUCUAGAACUCUACUCAACACUGGAAAUA